AUGGCGUCGUUCCGCGACUUCAUGCGGCAGAAGCACAACAACACGACGGCGACGGACAAGGCGCUCAUGGUCGCCGGCGAGCGGCCGGCGCCCUGGAUGGCCCCCAGCGCCGCGCCGGCGACGACCGUCAAGCCGUCCGCGCGGCCGCGGCCGCCGCCCUACGAGCACGUCCAGUCCGACGGCGACCCGACCCUGAAGUGCGUGCUCGCCGAGCAGGACGCCUUCGAGAAGCGCGCGAGCCGCGUCAACUGCCGGACGUCAGAGCGGUGCCGCGCGGGCUGCGGCGCCGGCGCGGACCCGCGGACGCGCGACCCGCCCAAGUGGAAGGUGUCCAUCCUCUGCCCGACGACGCCGAAGCGGCGCAAGUUCCACGGGCUGCUCGUGGACAACUGGCGCGUCCAGGACUACGACGGCGAGGUGGAGCUGGUGGUGUACGACACGGGCCCGGGCGGCCCGAGCGAGGUGCUGGAGGCGUCGGGCUGCGACUACACCUACGCGGCGGACUGCGUGCUGAGCCUCGGCGAGAAGCGCCAGGUCGUCACGGACAGGUGCACGGGCGACGUCUGCGUGCUCAUGGACGACGACAACAUCUACCACCCGAACUACGUGACGACGAUGGUGCGCCACCUGUUCGACUCCGGCGCGGGCCUCGUGGCGCUCAAGGGCUGGCUCGAGCUCCACGCCAUCUCGCAGAAGGUCUUCCGCAUCGAGGGGAACCGGGGCAACAGCCGGGGCGAGACCAUGGUCCACCUCCACCCGAGGCGCCUCGAGCCGCGCUACGGGGCGCGCGCCAAGUACCCGAAGCUCAACGUCGGCGAGGAGGGCGCCUUCGUGCGCUGGUUCAAGUGCCACGAGCUCGACGACGACCGCGGCCUCUUCGUCCACGUGAGCCACGGCCAGAACUGCGCGUCCCAGGCGCUCUGGGGGCUCGCGGAGGUCGACGUGCCGCCCGCGGUGGCCGCGUCCAUCGAGCGGAACAGGGCCGCGCUCACGCACACGUGCCGGCGCGGCCGGUCCGGGGCCAACGGACGCCGCAACGGGCUGCACGUCUUCGAGAACUUCGGCACGCCAACACAAGAGGUGGCCAGCAAAGUGGUGUUGGGCGCGCGCGAAUUGAUCGCGGCCGUGGACGCGGCCGCGCGGGCUCUCGGCGACGACGCGGACCCGCGCGUCGCGGGCAUCCCGCAGCCCGAAAAAGGUCGCGUCUCGCGCGCGCACAACCUCGCCGAGGAGCGCGCGUUCCACGCCCUGCGCGUCGCCGACCCGGCGGGCGACAAGACCCUGCGCUGCGAGCACUUCGCCGAGUACGGCAGCCGGCACCACGCUUUGACGUAUUUCCGGGGCACCGACAACAUCCCCGCGGCCUGCGCGCCCGUCGUCGCCGCGCUCGAGGACCUCGACGUGGUCAAGGCGCUGGGCGAUGAAUUGACCUGGAAGCUCACUUUGAACGACUACAAGGCGCGCGGCGCCGACGACGGCGCGCUCGCGGAGGCCGGCGGCGCUUUGUUUCCGUGGCAUACGGACCUCGCGGCGAACGGCGAGAUCACGUGCAUCUCGACGCUGCUCGCGCCCGCAAUAUUGGAUUUCGCGCCGCACGCGGACCUGAGCGCGGCGGACCGGCCAACGAGGGUGGUGGUGCGCCCCGGCACGCUCGUUUUGCUCUCGGGGCCCGCGCGGUGGGACUGGGUCCACCGCGCGAUGCCCCACCCGGACGCGGCCGGGAAGGAGCGCAUCUCCCUGGUGCUGGGCGGUCGACGCGCCGCGGCCGCCGCGCGGCGUCGAAACAACAUGGAUCUCGCGGCGCGGAAGCGCGCGUGGACCGGCUCCGUCGCUCGGCCCGGCGACGUCGCCGUGCUCUCGAACUGCGAGGACGACGACUCGCGGCGCUGGGUCGUCGACGCGGCGCUCGGCGCCUCCGGCGCCUCCGGCGUCGUCACGCGCCUCGCCUACGCCGCCGCGGGCCUGGCGCUCGACGCGCUGCCCGCCGACGGCGACGCCGCGCCGCGCCGCGCCGCGCUGCGCGGAGCGCUCCGGCGCCACGAGCUCUACGACCGGUGCGCGUUCGCGGAGCGCGCGCCCUACGCGGCGAGGGCCCGGGCGUGUCCCGCGCGCGGCCCGCUCGCGGGCGCGCUGCGGGCCGCGACGGCGCGGUCCGCGAGCCCGCUCGCGCUCGGCGCGUUCCUCGCUUUUGAAUCCUUGGCGGAGUUGCUGGAAGCGCUCGCGCGCGCGGGCCUCGUGCGCGCGCUCGGCGCGGCGCUCGAGGGCGUCGGCCCGCGGUCGUCGGUCCGGCUCGCGGCGCUCGACGCCGUGCCGGAGACCGUGCCGCCGAAGACGUACGCGUGGCUCUUCCCGACGCUCGACGGCGGCGCGGCGGGCCCGGCCGUCGACGACGGCCUCGACGACCUCGACGUCCCCGACGAGCUGGCGUCCGUCCGGGACCGCGCCGUCGCGGACCGGCAUGUAGCCCGCGCGCCGGAGCUCGUCGCCGACGACGCGGUCGACGACGACGCGGUCGCGGCCUGGUACGGCGCGCGCGCGCGGGCCAUGGACGCGGAGGCGGGCGCGGCGGCGCACGCGGAGCACGUCUGCGCGAUCGCGCGCGACGCGCUCGGCGCCGCCGCCCUCGCGCUGCGCCCGCUCCACCGCGACGCCUGGCACCUCGCGCGGCUGCUCCACGAGGGCGCGCUCCGCGACGAACUCGAGAGCCUCGCGGCGUGGGAGGCGCGAUCACGGCGGAGCAAGCUCGAGGAGGCCGCGCGGUUCGUCGAGCGCUCGGGGGGCGGCCGCCACGCGUCCGAGGCCGCGGCGCUCCGGAGCCUGCUCGGGCCCUUCGUGAGCGGCAAGUUCGCCCUGCCGCCCGAAGACGACGAGGGCGGCGACGACUCGCUGCUCGCGGCCGUCGCGGAUCUCGCUCUCAAGGCCGUCGACGACCGCGGCGACUUCGGCGUCGCGCUCGCGGCCUGCCGCGCGUCGGCGCACACGAUCCCCGUGCCCGAGCGCCUCGCGCCGUCGCAGACGCGCCUCGCGGUCUUCGUGUUGGACGUCGCGGCGAAGGCCUUCGACGGCGGCAACGACGUCAAUUUGUGCGGCGACCUGCUCGCGUGCCUGACUUUUGACGACCACGAGCGCCUCGCGGACGACGACGCGGCCUUCGCGGAGGCCCGGGGCCCCGGCGUCUGGGCGCUCGUCGACGACCUGCGGGCCAAGGUCGACGUCUGCCGCGCGCUCCGCGGCGACCUCAAGCUGUUCCUGCCGCUGCGAAAGCUCCGGGACGCCGCGCCGCGGCUCGACGACGCGGACCUCGACGCGCUGGCGGCGCCGAGCGACGACCUGGGCGUGGUGGACGUCGACGGGCCCGCGGAGCGCUUCGCGGCGCUGGCCGUGCUCAAGGCGCGCGUCGACGGCCGCGCCGCGCUCGACGCCGUCGAGCGCCUGGGCGCCGCGGGGCUGUGGCGCGCGCGCGACGCGUCCGCCGCCCUGGACGCGGGCCGCUGCGCCUACGUCGCGAAGCUCGCGCUCCGCGGCGGCGACGGCGGCGCCGUCGCGGCCGCCGCGCGCGCGGCGCGCGUCGCCGGCGCGGUCGCGGCGAAGAUCCUCGCGGCGCCGUCCGUCGCCGACCUCGGCGACGACGACACCGGGCGCUUCCUCGCGGCCCUCGUCGACGACGAGGACGCGGACUUUCUCGAGGACCUGGAGAUCUUCGGCGACGCGGGCGCGGGCGACGGCGACGUCGGCGGCGACGCGUUGGUCGUCCGCGCGGCGCGCCUCGCGGCGGAGACGACGACGGGCUCGGGCGCCGUCGCCGCCGCCGCGGCCGCGCGGCUCGCGCUCUUCCGCCGCGCCGCGGCCGACGGCGACGGCGCCGGCGCGGCGAGGCACGCGACGCGGCUCGCGCGCGCGGCCGGUCGGCUCGACGCGGGCUGCCGCGGCGACGGCGCGGGCGACGCCGCGGCGGUGCGGUGCCGCGACGUGGUGUGCGACCUCGCCCUGGACGCGGCGACGGAGGCGCUGGGCGCGGGCUUCGGGGGCGAGGCCCUGGCCGUCGCGGCGGCGCAGCUCCCGGCGGGCGCCAAGGCCAUGGCGUUGUUCGACGCCGCGGGCGCGUUCCUCGGGGCGCCGCGCCCCGCGGGCGACGCCGCGGACCGCGCGCGCGACGAGAUCUUUCGCGCGGCGGACGCGCCCGACGCGCUCGAGCGGCGCGCGCGGGCCGGCGCGGCGCUCGCGUACCUCGUCGUCGAGCGCGCGGACGCGGCGUUCGUCGGGCGCUGCGGCGCCAUGUUCGACGACGCGGCGACGGCCCUCGCGACGAGGUUCGCGCCCGCGGCGGCGGCCGCGGUCGUCGUCGCGCCCGACGAGGCGCUCGUCGCGGAGCUCGUCGCGCUCGGCUUCGUCGAGCACGGCGCGCGGCGCGCGUGCCGCGCGACGGCGAACGCGGACCUCGACACGGCCCUGGCCUGGUGCGUGGGCCACGCGGGCGACGCCGACUUUGCCGCGCCGCCGGCGCCGGCGCCGGCGCCGCCGCCCGACGACGCGGGCGACCGCCGCGCCGUCGCGGGACGCGUCGCGGCGGCGUACUACGGCCGCGUGCGCGCGACGACGGGCGACCCGGCCCUCGCGGCGCGCUGCGCGGCCCAGCUCGCGGACCUCGAGCGCAAGGCCGGCGAGCUCGACGCCGCGUCGAAGCUGCGGGCGGCGCUGCUCGGCGCCGCGGCGCCCGCGGCGCCGGAGCCCGCGGCGCCGCCCCAGCCCAAGGAGGCCCUCGCGCGCCUCUUCGGCGGCGACGAGCCCGCGCCGGCGUCGGCCUUCGAGGGCGCGCUGUCGCGGCUCGUCGCCCCCGAGCAGCCGCCGCCGCCGCCGCCGCCGCCGCGCGCGCCCGCGCGGGACCCGGCGCUCGACGUCGACGUCGCGCGCUUCGAGGCCGAGCCCGUCUACCGGAGCGAGGCCCUCGUGCGCGCGGCGGCGAGCGGCAACGGCGCCGCCUUCGAGGCCGCCGUCGCCGCGAGCCGGCGCUACGACGACGGCGCGACGCUGUGCGCGUCCGACGCGCGGCUCCGGAAGGCGAGCCCCGCGAGCCUCGCGCGGCGCCACCUCGACCACUUCUUCGACGCGCCGCGCGCCGGCGGAAACGUCGACGCGCUCGCGUCCCUGCUGCUGCCCGCGCGGGCGCCCGCCGCGGAGGACGCGGUCGCGUGCGCGCCCGCCGGCGGCGACCCGCCCGCGACGUCGGCCUACGCGGCGCUGCUCGUCCUCAAGGAGAGCGACGACGACGGCGACGACGAUCGCCCGGAGGCGGGGGGCGCCUGGCUGCCGCCGCCGCCGGGCGCCGUGCUCCUGAAGUAUCUCAAGGGCCGCUACCGGAAGGAAUCGGACGCGCGGCCGCUCGACCUGCUCUGCCGCCUCGUCGUCGCCCACUGCGGCCAGGCCGACGCGACCUUCUGCCGCGUCGCCCAGGAGCACGGCUUGCUGCUGCGGCGCUUCGCGCGCGCGACGAAGGCGCUCGGGCGGUCCGUCGACGCGAAGCCGCUCUGCGGCGGAAUCGUCGCCGGCGCGCCGCGGCGCGUCGACGACGGCGAGGACGAGGCGGCGACGCCCGAGGACGACCGCGCCCGGGGGGCGCGGCGGCCGACGCAGGAGGAGAAGCGGCGCGACGCGGCGCUGGCGAGCCUGCGCGCCAUCGCGACGAAGGACACGGCGCCGCUCCUCGCGCGGAUCGCCGCGAAGUUCGCCGGCGCCGUCUCCCCCGCGGAGGUCUACGCCUGCGCGGCGCGGCGCGAGGCCUUCCACGCCCUCGAGGGCGACGCGGGCGACCUCGAGCGCGCCGCCGCGGAGCGGGCGGCGCCGCUCUUCGCGCGCGCGGCGACGACGGACGAGCGCGCGGCCGUCGACGCGCUCGCGGCCGCGUUCUUCGAGAACUUUGGGGGCGAGAGCCUCGAGCCCCUCGGGCGCCUCGCCGCGGGGCUCGCGGGCCGCGUCGGCGCGCCCCUCGAGCCGCGGCUGCGGUCCAUCCGGUCGUCGCUCGAGGCGCUGGGCCUCGCGGCGGGGUUCGGGACCGACGCGGCGAAGGCGACGCGCGACGCGGCGAGGAUGGCGGUCACCGCGGGCGGCGACCCGGCGCUCGUCGACGCCGCGCGCGCGGCGGCGGACGCGCUCGCCGCCGGCGGGGCGCGCGCCGACGUCGUGCUCCAGGCGUUCCUGCUGCUCACGGACGUCGGCGCCGCGGGCGGCUCCGACGAGGCGCGCGGCGCCGCCGAGGCCGCGACGCGCGAGGCCUUCGCCAACGCGGCGGCGGCGCUCGUGCUCGGGCCCCUCUUCGGGGACGGGGAGGACGGCGACCGCUCGCUGAGCCGCGACGCCGCGGACGCCGCGCUCGCGGCCGCGGCGGCGCUCGGCGACCGCGCCGACGGCGACCCGGAGGGCGCCGCGGGCUUCGCGGGCGCGCUCGCCGGCGCCCUCGCGCGGCGCGGGGAGCUCGUCCGCGACGGCGACGACGAGGACUCGUCGGCGGAGCGGCUGCGCGCGCUGGGCGUCCUCGACGGGCUCGCGCGCGCGCGCGGCGCGGGAGGCGCGGCGGCGGCGCCCGCGGUCGCCGACGACGCCGCCGCGACGCCUCCGCCCGCGGAGGCCCCGGCCCACCCCUGCUUCUUCGCCGUGAGCGAGCUCGUCGCCCGGGGCUGGGGCGCGGAGCGCGCGCGACACGUGGCCGCCGGCGACCUCGCGACGGUCGAGGGCGUGAAACGGGGCGGGAAAAGGGCGCGACGCGUCAAGGCGCUCUUCGCGGACCUGCUCGCGGCCGCGCUCGCCGGCCCGCCGGGAGACCUGCGGAAGAAGGCGCGCCUGCUCUGGUCCCUGCUGGACCUGGCGCACGCGCGCGAGCCGCCGGGCGACGAGGACGAGCGGCGCCGGGCGGACCGCCGGGGCGCGUCGUCGGCCGCGGAGGCCGUCGCGGCGCUCCGGGGCGUCGACCUGUGCGUCAACGUCGACGUCGACGGCGAGCCCCUCGGGCUCUGCUGGCUCCAGCUGCUCCACGCGCUCCGGGGCGACGGCGCGACGCUCGGCGACGCGGCGACGCGCGGGCCGCCGCGGGGCGGGCGGCCCGACCGCGUCGGCGAGGCGCGGCUCUACGCGGCGCUGCCUCCCGGCGCCGCGCGCUUCAAAGCGGGCCUGCGCGCGGCGCACGCGUCCGUGCGCUGGGCCGCGGCGCGCGACCUCGCCGCGGCCUGGGCCGCGGCGCCGGGCGCCGGCGGCGACCUCGGCGACGACCUGCUGCGGAGCGGCGCGGCGCUCGCGGCCAUGGACGCCGGCGGCGACGGCCGCGUGUACGCGGCGCUCGCCGCGGCGCCCGCGGCGGCGGCCGGCGCGCCGCUCGUCGAGAGCCGCCCCUUCAAGGUCGCGUGCGUCGUCCUCGCCGCCGCCGCGCGGCGCCACCACGGCGACUUCCUCGCGGUCGCGCGCGCGGCCCACGCGUUCGCGGGCACGCCGCCGCACCUCGCGACGACGCGCGCGGGCCUCGCGCUCGCCGCGCGGCUCCUCGACGACGGCCGCGCCGGGGCGCGGGGCUGGGACGCGUGGCCCGAGCUCCGCGACGCCGCCGCCGCCGCGCUCGCCGCCUACGCGGACCCCGCGGGCUAACCUUCCGAGCGC